CCGGCUCGGGUGCAAAGUUUCAGCCGUCUGCAAAUCGAAGUCUACGGUCAACGUUUCUGGAAUAUGCUCUUUUAAUUUUCCCAAUUGACUGCUUUUUAGGAACCAUCAUCGGUCUUAGCUGUAUCUGGAAUUGGACUCGGUUGUAAUCGUGCGAUAAUGACGAAUUGUUAGCGAGCGUAUAAAUAUUUACAAGACGUGGUGGAAUCCCAUCAUAUGCCUAUCGAUUGGCUCGCAUGUUGUAGCUAACGUUACAGCUAGUAUACCAUCACCGUACGUGCAUAUCGUAAGCUAGCUAGCUAGUUAACGCUAUCUAAAUAAACAAGUGAUCAGCGGAGAGAAAUGGCUUGUGAGCCUAAUCGUGUGCGGCUAAUAUGUAUGCUUUCAUUGACUUUUGGCUUUUUUAUCGUGGAGGUUGUCGUCAGUCGGAUCACUGCAUCUUUAGCAAUGCUUUCGGACUCCUUUCAUAUGCUAUCGGAUGUCAUAGCGCUGUUUGUGGCUUUGGUGGCUGUGCGCUUCGCUCAGAAAACACAAUCGACAAAUAAAAACACCUUCGGAUGGAUCCGGGCUGAGGUGAUGGGGGCUCUGGUCAACGCAGUGUUCCUCACAGCUCUCUGUUUCACCAUCAUCUUGGAGGCCGUCGAGCGAUUCACCAACCCACAUGAAAUCGAGAAACCCCAUGUAGUCAUCGGUGUGGGGGCUGCCGGGCUACUGGUCAACCUCCUCGGGCUGUGCUUGUUCCGUGGACACGCAGGUGGUGGACACGGGCACUCCCACGGAGGAGGAGGCCAUUCUCAUGGAAAUAAGAAAAACAAGAGGGGUAAACUAUGCAAGUCAGAAAGACCGAAUGGAUCAUCAGGGGAGGAGACCAACAACCUGGUAGGAAGCCACAACAGCCCCCCUAAUGGCGUGAACACCGAGAGACGUAGACAUGGUAAGCUAUGUCAUUCAUUUGUCUAUUAUAUUAGCUAUACUGUCAACAUAUUGUAGCUACUGUACUUGGCUAGCUACAAUCGUCACACCUUAACUGAGAAUAUGACCCUCCGGCGCCCCAUGAUACUGCGUUGUUUUUCACCUCGGGUUCAUUGUACUACUAUGAAGACAACGAACGCUUCAUUAUGAUAUCAGAUAUGAAAUAUAACCCCGCAAGUAUGUCUCUUGUUUUAUGUGGUUUCAUCGAAUUAAAAUAAUAUAUUUUAUUGAGGAGAGGGGGUAGACCGAACACACACUCACAUAAUCUCACAGACAGGGAAUUUAUGAAAAUAACUGAAACUUCUCUGGGACUUUGCUGACAAAAUUACGUAGGCCAUAGGGCCUACUCAAGAUGGAGCGAUCUUUAGUCCAAACUAAGCCAUCUCUGUGGUGUUCUUGUUAAGGGCAAUUCCGUUGUAACGGAACUGCGAUGAGACUCACUUAAAUGCAUGCCAAACAAAAACCAUAAGAUUUUUUGAGAACCACGGAUAAUCGCUAUCGGUUUUUCUGAUAGUCUCGCUACAUGGCAAAAAUGCUGCUAUGCCAACUGCCACUCACCGCCUGAGUCAGGAGCACUGCACAAUGCCGAGGAAUGUCUAGCAGGGAGCAGCAGCGCGCAAGCUCAUUCUCCAACAGAAAGGUGAAGUAUUGAGAAAUUGAUGAGUUGACAGUGUCCAAAAUCGAACUCCUGUUGCAAAUAUUCGUUUAGUUAAUUCACCAAUAAUAAGGGUCGUGUGGAGUUGUUUUAGAGAUGCUUCCUGACAGCAAAACAAAUAAAUACAAUAUACAGAUCAUGGAAAUUGACUAAAAAUAAUAGUUUCAUAAGCAUCCCUGAUCACAAAUCAUGAAAUUAGGUGGAACCAUUUGCAUUGAAUAGAUGUUAUUUUAUAUUAUCAAACUAACGGCAGUGCCUAUAUGAUGUCCUUCCAUACAGGCCUGACAUGCUGGAGUGAUGCUUCUUUGCAAAUGUUGUUGAUCAGUAGGUUAAUAUAAGUCCCAAAUGGAGGUUCGAAUAUGCAUUCACAUGUAUUGUGAGGAGGCCUAUUCCAUCUUAAUUUACCCAGUUUAUCAAGAGAUUUACCAUUCAAAAAAAAAAUGUAUUACUAUUAAGUUAUGUAGUUAGAAUGGUAAAAACAGUCAAAUGUAUUGUUUAAUUUAAUGAUAUUGAAUAUUGGCUCCAAAUUAAGAUUCAAUGUUGUUUGCAGAAAGAAUGGGGUGUAAGCUAUGACAUGACAUCUUGAGUAAAAUAAAUUAUAAUCUUUUAAGGUUAUUGAAGAGGAUUUACACCCGGUAACAGAAUUUCAUCAUGGGUCCCUGAUCUGUACUACACAGAAAUGCAUAAUUAUGGAUAUGAAUGUCAUUCUCUUCAUGGUGAUGUAUCCUAAAUAGGUACACAAAGGUAUAAAUAUGCAAUAUCCUCCUUUGCAUAUUUGGGUAUUAUUCUACAUACUGGCUAUUAUUUUAAUGAGCUCUGUCACUAAACAAGACCAAAUUUGGUUGGACUGGACCAAAUCUGAACCAACCAUAGACGUUUGUUUCACAAGAGUUGACAUUAAAGUACAGCACAGAACAGUAGCGAUCAGUACAGUAGAGUUCACUGCAGUACAAUAGAGUACAGUAGAGUAUAGUUCAGUACAGUCAAUUAUAGUGUACUCAACUCGAGUGUACUCUACUGUGUACUGUACUGAAUUUUACUCUACUUCUCUUUACUGUAUUGUACUAUACGCUUUGAUGUAUUCAAUGUACUCUACGGUGCUCUACUGUAAUGUAAUGUACUGUACCAAUCAUGGAUGUCCAUGUUUGGGCCAAAUGGAGGCCGGUCCAGAUAUCUAUGGGUGUUGAAAUCAAGGCCAGGGCGGACUAACCAAAUUUCAGCUGAACAUAAGCCUAACAGUAUGCCAGUGGAAGGGAGGACAGUAGUUGUUGACCCAAGUGUGGUUUGUGACUACUAUGAUUUCCCAUUGUAGCCAAUAACAUUUCAGAAAUUCUGUUACUGAUUUUGGUAACAAUUAAGUUUUAAUCACUUCAUAAUUCAUAAACAAAAUUAAUAUCUAACUAAUUGAUAGGUCUACCUUGUUACUUCUGAACUUUCAUUAUCCUCCCUCAUGAGGGAGAGAAAUUAGAAGACAUCUUGAAGAUAUGUAGGUUUAAGGUAACGGAAUUAAGGCACAAGGUAAUAAUUCUUAAACUAACAAAAGGCAGAAAAGUUGGCAGGGGUGUGUACUUCAACAUUCUUUUGUUUUGUUGUGUUUCUAAUACCUUAAGACUUUUUCUGGUAGAUGUUGUCUAACCCCCUUUCCAUCUGUUUGACAAGAUAUCAAAGCCUAUUCAUACUUUUUAGGAUGGGAAAAUAAUUGUAAAAAAUUUAGUGUGUGUGUGUGUGUGUCGUAAUAAAAAAUAAAAAAAAUAGACUCUUAGCUUUCAUUUGACACCCAAUUUGACAUGCUCCUAUGGACUUCACAUGUUGGUGCUCAUGGGUCCUUUCACAUGGAAAUUACCUUAACCCUUUCAUAUUUUUGCCUUUGAGGAGAGACAUUCAACACAACUGCCCUGUUGAUCAAGAUACCAGUCUCACAUGGUCUUGGCUGGGCUGGUGUGUAUCUCCUGGCUUGGGCAUCAUCAGUAUCAUCUGUUGCCUUGGAAGCUGUAGGAGCCCUUUUACAAGACCAGUCAAAGAGUCGUGUGGGCAGCAUCAUGAUGAAAUCCAGCCAGUCGCUUUCAGUUUUGAACAGGAACCGGGACAGGGCUAUUAUAUUCAUUGUAAUAUUCAUAAACUUCAGCGACUGGUAUCAGCAGUGACUUGAUACUGAACAAUGUGGCCCAUGACUGCGUCCAUAUUGCACACCCCAUGUUGAAGUACCUUUAGCAGAGGCAAUGAGAGUGCAAGACAGACCUUGUAAUUCAAGUAACUCAUUCAUUAUUUGUACCACUUUAGGAGACAAUUAUUUUUGAUGUCAUGUCAUCAUAUAGGCAAUAACUGGAUAAAUAUGCCUCUUAGCUUGUCUGUAAAAUACCUAAUGCUUCCUAAACCUGUGUGCCCUUCAUGCUCACUGUAACAUAAGUUUGUUUCGAGGUGAUCUUUCUUAUCUGAAGAAUCUAGCCCCCGGUCAGCCUGCAGACGUGUUACAUCAAGGGUGUCAAACUCAUUCCACAGAGUGACUGCAGGUUUUAGUUUUUCCUUUCAGUUAAGACCUAGACAACCAGGUGAGGGGAUUUCCUUACUAAUUAGUGACCUUAUUUCAUCAAUCAAAUACAAGAGGUGGAGCGAAAACACGCAGACACUCGGCCCUCUGUGGAAUGAGUUUGACACGUGUUUUACAUGGUGGCGGACAAGUCAUGACUUGUUACAAAACCAAACUGGUGGGAGUCCUGCCAUCCUGAUUUGGUCACUCCAACUGCAUUGGGUAAAUUAAGGAAUGUUUGAACUCUUACACAUUCAAAUCGUGACCUUUUAUGAAGACACUUGAUCUCUAUUGUCACUACUGGUGCUGCUACACCCAUAACAGGAAGUUGGCUUCUUUCACAAAACCCACGUUUUUAUACGCCAUUUUCUUUCUGUUUAUUCACUGUCACAGGCCUUCAGUGAUUCAUGUCACCUAUUGUUUUAUCAUAUUAACAGGUGGUCAUGUCAUGGUAUCAUUAGAAUCACCAAUAAUGUGGACAGAAGUGUUUUAAAAGUGUGGGCCAAAAUUGACGGUGGGUUAUCGUUUCUACAGUGCUCUCUGUUUCUGGUGAUCCUCCAGUUUCAGGUGAAACAUAUUUUGAACAUCUCCUUGCUAAUACUAAGGGCUGCCCUUUGCCUUUCUUCCUAUUUGGACAGAAAAUAGUAAAACCAGGAGACUGUAAGUUUCUCCCCUACCCUGGGCCUGUCAGGCUCUGCCAGUUUCAAUAAAUUCAGCCCAUUUCAACCUUCUCCAUGCACUGGUCGCUGCCACCCGGCCAUACAUCACCGAAGGCAGUGACUGACACCCAGACCAUUAGGCCCUGAUAAAUUACCCCUACGUCACUGUGUGCCGGGACAGAGGCUAAUAGCCUAGCACUGGUUCUGGUGCCACUGGCCAUUAUGUAACUAUGAGCCGUAGCGUAGUGCUAGGCCGCCACACUUGUCUGCAGACGCUAAUUGAAUUUCCUCAAGGUGUUAAGCAGGGGAGUCGGUUGUGGUUGGUUAAUUUACUAGCUUCUACCACCACACCGGUUGGAGUUCAUGUCUAGAACUGCAACUGGAGGCCUGCCUCAGGUGAUGCACUACGCCUACAUUCUUUCCCACGACAAAGUAAAUGGGUUUCAUGUCUAACAUGACGUAGCUUCCUAUCAAGGUGUUUAUUGCCUGGGGCAGCCGUAACUUACGGUACAUCAACCAUGUCCUCCAAAAACCCUGACGCAGUCAUCAAUCAUUAUGGUUUGUUUGGGUCAGUAGUUGGACAAGGCAGCUGAUAAAUUGCAGCUGGACGCGUGAGUCAUUCACGAUUAUAUAUUCCAGUCAUUCCUCGUCUCUGUAAAAAUCUCAAUUUUCUUUCCUCCAUCCCUUGGAAGAGUCCCAACCCCUACCACUUUCUCUGACAUUCCUCCUUCUGUCCUCUCAAAUAUGUGGGCUCUGUUAAAAUGCUUUAAAAAUGCAUCCUUCCUACCUUCCAUCUGAAUUGGCUGUCAUUGGGGAUGGUGGUUACUUUACUUUCACCUAUCUAAUCACUUAUAGGUCGAUGCUUAUCUCAAGGAAACUUCUUUAACCCCUCGUCUCUCUGUCUUCUUCCUUCAGAGAUCAUUUGUAACGACAGUGAGAUGCAGAUGAACGGCAGCGCUCCCUACGAGGAGCUGGACUACAGCCACGACGAGGCCUCGCUCAACAUGCGCGGUGUCUUCCUGCAUGUGCUGGGCGACGCCCUGGGCUCAGUCAUCGUGGUGGUCAACGCCCUCAUCUUCACCUUCGUAUGGCGACCGUGCCCGCCUGGCGAGACCUGCUUCAACCCCUGCAUCGACAGCCACUCCACCGACCUGAGCGAUAACGGCAACAGUUCUAGCUUCCAGCGGACCAUGGUGGGGCCGUGCUGGGUGCUCUACCUGGACCCCACGCUGUGCGUCAUCAUGGUGGGUAUCCUGCUCUACACCACCUACCCGCUGCUCAAAGAGUCUGCGCUGAUCCUCCUGCAGACGGUGCCCAAGCAGAUCGACAUGCACCGCCUCAAUGAGCGGCUGCUUUUGCUGGAUGGCGUGCUGGCCAUCCACGAACUGCACAUCUGGCAGCUGGCGGGCUCGCGCAUCAUCGCCACGGCGCACAUAAAGUGUCACGACCCCACGUCCUACAUGGACGUGGCCAAGCGCAUCAAGGACUUCUUCCAUGACGAGGGCAUCCACGCCACCACCAUCCAGCCCGAGUUCGUUACCAUCAACUCCGAGUCAAGCGCCUCCCUCUGCGAGCUCUCCUGCCGGACGCAGUGCGCACCCAAGCUGUGUUGUGGCACUGCUGACAAGCCGGGCGUGGCUGGUGCUGGUCCGGUGGGCGCCGAGAUGAUCCUGAGCAGCGAGGGGAACGCGCUGGCGGCCUCGGCCAUGGAGGUAAUCAGCGAGACCCCAGAGGGCGCAGACGGAGCUGUAGUCCUGGAGCAGGCGGCCGCUGCAGUUGUCCAGGUGGUCCCUCAGCCAGAGCCCGAGGUCAUCACCCGAGAGGUGGAGUCUUCUCUGUGA